AUGCCUAAGAAGGAAAAGAAGCCGAAGGAGAAAAAGGAGAAGAAGGAGAAGAAGGGCAAGAAAAGCAAGAAGGAUAAGGAAAAGCAUGAAAACAAAAAAGCCGUGGACGUGACUAAGAGGAUCGCCGUAUGUGGUGAUGAGAAUUCAGUCCGACAAGUGAUGGACAAGUCUGGAAAAUUAAAAGCGGUCACUAGCACUGGCGAUGUGACUAUGAACGUCGAGAAUGGAAUGAACGGAGCCGAAGUUGCAGCUGGAGGUGAUUAUGAAGGUGUCCUGUGUGUUUACGACAUACGCGAGCAGAAGAGCUACAAUUUUCUCAAGGAAAAGGUUAUGAGCGCUGCCAAAAGCAAGUCGCCCAAUGCUUAUCUCAUGGUAGCCGCUGUUGGCCUCGAAUAUCGUGGAAGCACUGAGCGACCACUCGUACCUAACCAAGACCUGAAAUCUCUGGCAGGAGCAAAUGGGGCCGUCUGCACAGAACUGAUUUCUUACGAUCCCAAUGCAAUGGCGGAUGGCAUCCUCUCCCUUUUUAUCCGGAAAAACCCCAAUUCCAUAAUGCAAGACUCCAACAUCUCACCAGAUGAAGAUGAAACUGGUGAUGGAAAGAAAAAGAAUAAGAAGGACAAAAAGGAUAAGAAGGAAAAAAAGCCGAAGAAGGAGAAGAAGUCGAAGAAAAAGAAGCAGAAGUAA